AUGUUCAUGGAGGCUGCGGUUCCCAACGUGACUCGGGCCUCGUCACAGAAAGGAGACGUUGGCAUUUGGUUUCCAGCCGCCACGACCGGACAGCAGUCUCAGUUCAUCACCUCGCGCCCCCCGCCUCUCAUGGACAGCUUUAUGCUUCCGUUUGUUCGAGAGCAUUGUCUGUCUUGUAUGCCCCCUGAGGAAGACUAUGCCAAGUUGAAGGCGACUUUUCUGCAGAAAGUUCAUCCCAUCUUUCCCGUCAUCCCGGAAUCUGCUCUUAAUGGACCUACCGAUAACCCUGCCCACAUUGCGCUCCGACAGCUUGCGUGUUUGGCAGCCGGCUCUGAUCCAGAAAUGACCUCGUACCUACGGCUGAAAAACAAAGGCCCAGGUCUGCUGCGCCCUGCAGAAUUCUCUACCAUCCUCUCCUCCUCAGUCCGUGCCAUUCUAGAAACCAGUAUUAUUCCCGAUCGAGUGGUACAUAUACAGGCACUCACCAUGCUAUCCCUCUACACUCAGCCCACCUGCGCCGAGGAAUCCGAUUUGCCUGCCCAGCUUGGUGGCAGAGCGAUACACCACAUUCAGACUCUCGGCCUGCAUCUUCUUCGCUACGACGGGCCAAAUUACGGCGACUUGGAAAAUCUUUUCUGCGCAGUCUGGGCGCUGGACAGAAUUAACGCUGCCAUGUAUGGGCGGCCAUGUUUGAUCCACGAGCGAGAUAUUGGAGCGGAUCUCGAUGCCUGCAUCAAGAAACGCCCACCUGCCUUUCGACUAUUACUAUCCGUGGCGCAAUGGCUGGAUAAAGUGGUGGAAUUAUACCGCCCGGGGCCUAGUGCCCAAGUUUCGGGGUUUGAUAAAGUGGCAUAUAUCGAUCUUCCCGUUCUUGAAGCAAUGAUUGUAGACGCAGAUGCGUUAAAGGUACCGGCAUCUCUCAUCGCUACCGUUGAAACAUUCUACCAUGCCGUCAUAAUCUUGUCGUGCCGGUUGCCACGACCAGGAACAAUAAUUGCGGCCUCGACAUUACCGCCACCCUCCGCUAAUGCUCGCCGCUCCCUAGCAGCCGAGCGCAUUGCAUGCGCAGUACCAAGAGACUGCCUCAGCUCCCUCCCCUUUAUUCCUUACGCAGUAUCCCUCGCUCUAAGUGUCGAGUAUCGAAAGAUGAGACACAGCCGGCUGCCAAUGUUUCGCGCACGGGCAAUGAACGCUUUCAGACGGAACUGUGAUCUCCUUCGAGUUUACGGAGAUCAUUUUUGGAGUGCCCGCGUCGUCUCCGGCCUUGGAGAGCGCGUGUUGAGAGAGAUGGAGCGCGCGGCCAACACGCUGGCCAAAGAGCUCAGUCCUCAGCCGGCUGACGUACCGGCCAAGUUGACGGUUGAUGAGCAAGAAGGGUCAACCGCUACACAAGAUUUAGGAACAAAUGCGUCAUCAGGCGACACUACAACUAUCAAUUCCGCCGCGGGCAUUGAUAAUGUCAUUGACUUUUCCAUGAUCAACUCGAUCUCAGGCCAGGAUGUUUUUGGGCAUAUCGAUCCCAACUUCAACCUAGACGCCGUGGAAGAUGCCCUGGAAGCAAAUCUGGAUAUUGGCCUCCCCUUUAAUUGGGCAGACUGGGGCCAAUUUGCUUCAUAUUAG